AUGUCAACACCAUACUAUGUCACAGGCGCUGACACUGGCAGAGUCCAUCCCCGGCUGGAGAUAGCUGAUCUCAUUCACAAACAACCUCUUCAGUUCUCGCUAUUUGUUCAAGCACUGGCCAACCUACAAAAGAAGGACUAUAAACCGACCGCCGCCAGCUGGCAAGAACUCGGUGGCAUUCACGGGCUUCCAUACUCGCGAUGGAGCGGUGACCCCGCUGGGCCAGACCAUCCUAGUUCUAAGGAUUGGGCAGGAUAUUGCUACCACGGAACUGCUCUUUUCCCUACUUGGCAUCGAAUUCUCAUGCUCGCCGUCGAACAAGCGGUUUCAAACGAGGCUAUCUUAAUCUACAAAAACACGAUUGAGAAUGACAACACAAUCUCCCAUGACGAAAAGGCGCUGUGGCACGUCGCAGCGGUGGCCUUACGCUUCCCGUAUUGGGACUGGUCUGUUCCGGGCGUUGCAACUGCCGGCGUCCCUGAGGAAUUCACGAAUUCGACCCUGACCAUCCUGAUGCCAAACAACGCGAGAAGGACGGUUCAAAACUCGCUUCAGACUUACAAGUUUUCCCACAUUCCGGAUGGCGUUGAUAAAAUUGAUUCGUCGCAGUACCCAAAGGAACUGCAAAACGUCGACUUUGCAUGCUGGGAUCGUACCUACCGCUGGGUAUCUAACAAGGACCAACCCGCGGAUGAUGUUGUUCAGCUUAACAAGGUUAUCCAAGAAGGUUUAGCCGACGCUAAGCUGCAGCCUAUCAACCUUAUUUCGGAGAAGUUGGCCAAGAUUUUCUCGUUCCCUCCCGUAGUAGCCGAUAAAGACCUCGUACCUACAUACUGGAACUAUUUUGCUACAACCGGCCGCCCCAAGGACAUGAAAGAGCCGCCCGAUGCAUCCCGUCUCGGUUCUUUGGAGGACCCACACAAUAAAUUGCAUCUCGACCUUGGUGGCUCAGGAGACAUGGCAUACAAUGAGCUAGCAGGAUUCGAUCCCAUUUUUCACAUGCACCAUUGCAACAUCGACCGCCUAUAUGCUCUGUGGGAGUACUGCUAUCCCGAAUAUUGGAUUGGAAGUGGCUAUUAUCUUAACAAGGAACAAGAGCUCACCCCACUCUCUAGUGGCGAUGGAACUUGGCAAGAAGGUCCAAAUGAACACAUUUCUUCCAAGACAAUCCUGGCCCCGUUCCGUAAGGAUAACAAUAGGUAUUGGAACUCGGAUGAUGCUCGCCUAAGGGAUGGCUUGGCAAACUUGCAUUACACGUACCCGCCUGUGAAGCUCUUUUACACGCCCCCCCACUCGCCGAUAAGUACCGAGGUCACGAUAGACAUCACCCAGCCACCUUCCGAGGAUCAUCGCCUACUGUGCAUCGCCGCUCUCCAAGGCUAUUACUCCAGCGUGUCAGUACGCGAGCUCAAGCCCGGAGCCGACGUCUUCACCGCGCAAGCUACCCUCCAGCCUUUACUCUUCGCUCACCAGGUAGCCUUGCCAGAGCCCUCCACUCUCGCGCUCACCCCCGGCAAACGGCUGGAGCUCACGCACACCCCCAGCGGUCAUCGCGUGUUCAACGUCCACACGUCGCUGCACCAGUUCGCGUUCCGCGGGUCGCACAGACUCGAGCUCUACGUCCACGGCGAGCUCGUUGACGAGCUUUCCGUCUUCAGCCGUAUCCUCCCCGAGAACUGCGCCAACUGCACCGCCCGCGUCAGCUCCGGUAACGCGCGCGUCCACGCUACGCUUACCAUCCCCCAGCAGGCUGUCGAGGACGUGCUCGAACGUGCGGGCCUCAACACGCCAAAUGCCUCAAAGAAGGAUGUCAUCGCGGCCAUCACGCGCAGCAUCCAUGCGCGUAUCAUAACUCCAGAUGGUAUCUUGCUUGCAGAGGCGAAGCCUGCGACCGAUGCGGAGGAGGCAGAGGAGGAGAAGCUGUCAGAGGACAAGAUGCCGUCGCUCGAGCUGCGCUCCGCGCGUGUGCUAGUGCCGAAGGAUGAGACGCUUGCUCAGUGGUUUGCAGACGAUUGGGAGCCUCAUGGAGAGCUCUUGACGAGCAACUGGAUCCAUGCCUGA